CGGCGCCGCGCAAGGCAAUUGGCGAGGCGUGCGCUGGGGAGGCUCCUGCGCUGGUGGCCAAGCUCAGCGGGGCGCUGGACGAGCUGCUCGAGGGCCACGCCAAGGGGACCGCGGCGGCCAGAGCGGCCGCUGGCCCAGCGCAGGCCACCGCGCCUGGCCCUGAGGUGGAUGUGCAGCAGGUCUGGAGGGAGUUCACGCAGGGGCUGGACGACCCAGGCAAGCGGAAGAUCGCGGAGGUGCUCAUGGAGGAGUGCGCCUCGAGCGCCUCGCAGGCAGCCAAGACGGGGCGCUUCGCUGAGGCCGAG